CUUUGCACGGAUUGUCCAGAGGAUAAGGUAACAUGGCAGACAAGUUGACAAGAAUAGCAAUUGUCAACAAUGACAGGUGCAAGCCUAAAAGAUGUCGUCAGGAAUGUAAGAGGUCAUGUCCUGUCGUCAGGAUGGGCAAACUGUGCAUUGAGGUUGCUCCUGUAUCUAAAAUUGCUGCUUUCUCUGAAGAGCUGUGUAUAGGAUGUGGUAUUUGUGUUAAGAAAUGUCCAUUUGAAGCUGUGUCUAUCAUUAACCUGCCCAGUAAUCUGGAAAGCCACACAACACACAGAUACUCUGCAAACUCCUUCAAACUACACAAACUUCCCACCCCCAGACCACAUGCAGUUCUAGGGCUUGUUGGAACAAAUGGUAUCGGGAAAUCAACAGCUCUUAAAGUACUAGCUGGAAAACAGAAACCAAAUUUAGGAAAAUAUGCGGCUCCACCAGAUUGGACAGUUAUAUUGGAACAUUUUCGAGGUAGCGAAUUGCAGAAUUACUUUACAAAGCUGUUAGAAGAUGACCUCAAAGCCAUCAUAAAGCCACAGUAUGUCGACCAAAUCCCAAGGGCAGUCAAGGGUUCUGUCCAGCAGCUUUUGGAUAGAAAAGAUGAAAUGAAUAACCAGAAGGAAGUUUGUAAAAGUUUAGAUCUACUAGCUGUUAGGGACAGGAAUGUUGAGGAUUUAUCUGGUGGGGAAUUACAGAGAUUUGCCAUUGCUAUAGUGUGUAUACAAAGAGCUGAUAUUUUCAUGUUUGAUGAGCCCUCCAGUUACCUUGAUGUGAAACAGAGGCUGAAAGCAGCGUUAGCAAUUCGUGAUCUCGUUGGAGUAGAUAAAUAUGUCAUUGUGGUUGAGCAUGAUCUGGCAGUGUUAGAUUACUUAUCUGACUUUAUAUGCUGUCUCUAUGGUACUCCUGGAGCUUAUGGGGUUGUUACUAUGCCAUUUGGUGUCAGGGAAGGAAUCAACAUCUUCCUUGAUGGUUUUGUGCCAACUGAGAAUCUGCGUUUCCGUGAUUCUUCUCUCGUGUUCAAAGUGUCAGAGACAGCAACUGAAGAAGUAGCCAAACGAAUGCAACAUUAUGAGUAUGGCAAUAUGGUGAAAUUAUUAGGCAAGUUUGAGCUGACGGUUGAUUCUGGGGGUUUCACAGAUUCAGAGAUAAUUGUGAUGUUGGGAGAAAAUGGAACUGGGAAAACAACAUUUAUUAGAAUGUUAGCAGGCCUUUUAAAACCUGACAAAGGAGAUGCAGCCCCAGUGCUCAACAUAAGCUACAAGCCUCAGAAGAUUAGCCCAAAAUCUCAGUGUACUGUCCGCCAACUGCUUCAUGAAAAAAUCCGUGAUUCCUACAUCCAUCCGCAGUUUAUCACAGAUGUCAUCAAACCUUUACAGAUGGAAAUGUUGUAUGACCAAGAGGUUCAGAAUCUCUCUGGUGGAGAGUUACAGCGUGUUGCCAUCACACUGUGCCUUGGUAAACCUGCAGAUGUCUACCUUAUAGAUGAACCCUCCGCCUACCUGGACUCAGAGCAGAGGUUGCAUGCAGCUAAGGUUAUCAAACGAUUCAUACUUCAUGCCAAGAAGACUGCAUUCGUUGUCGAGCACGAUUUCAUCAUGGCAACCUACCUAGCAGAUCGUGUCAUUGUAUUUGACGGAACACCAUCUAUCAAAACCAGAGCAAACACACCUCAGUCGCUGUUGAAAGGAAUGAACACUUUCCUGAAAUCUCUAGACAUUACAUUUAGAAGGGACCCUAAUAACUAUCGACCUAGAAUAAACAAACUCAAUUCAGUCAAAGAUGCUCAACAGAAGAAGGAUGGAAACUAUUUCUUCCUAGAAGAUUAAUAAUUGUGAUAGAAAACAAGCAAUGAUUGACCUGGAAUACCUUCUACUUGAACGGAAA